AUGGAUGCAAAUGAAAGCAACCAGCACUUCAAGUUGGAUUCUCUUUUCAACGUAAAGGGCAAAGUGGCCCUAGUCACGGGCGGCGGUUCUGGAAUUGGCCUAAUGGCCGCCCAAGCCCUCGCCGUCAAUGGAGCAAAAGUGUAUAUUACAGGCCGCACCAAGGAAAAGCUCGAGCGAGUCGCUCAGUUAUACAGCGCCGACAUUCCCGGGGAAAUAAUCCCCAUAACAGGGGAUGUCACUUCAAAAGAAUCAAUCGACAACCUAGUCCAAACAAUCUCUGAACGUGAGAAAUUUCUCUCAAUAUUGAUCAACAAUGCUGGAAUCUCUAGUACAGCCCAAAAAACAGAACAAUAUGACCCCAAGGAGCUCCGCAAAUCCCUCUUCGAAGGCGCAGGCGCGGAUAUGGAAGAAUGGGAUAACGUGUUCCGAACAAAUGCUUCCCAGCUGUUCUUCAUGACAACCGCUUUCCUCCCCCUACUCUCGCAGGGCUCAGAGCAGGAACAUGGUUGGUCUAGUACCGUUAUCAACAUCACGUCUAUUUCGGGUAUCGUCAAGGUCUCACAGCACCAUUUUGCGUACAAUGCAUCCAAGGCAGCGGCAAUUCAUUUGAUGAAGAUGUUGGCGCAUGAGGUCAUGUCAUCAAAUUUGAAGAUUCGGAGCGACGAGAAGCAGAAGAGUGCUAUUGCAAAGGAAAAAUAUGAAGAGAAAAUUCCAGCAGCAAGACCGGGCAAGGAGGAGGACAUGGCAAGUACUGUACUUUUUGCCGCGGUCAAUCAGUAUUUGAAUGGACAGACUAUUGUUGUUGAUGGGGGGUAUGUGCUAGCCGCUGGAACCGUUUGA